GCUCAUCGACUCAAACACCGUCGUUUUCACUUCACAGCUUAUUAACGGAGUUUUAAGCAGCCUGUGUUCCUGUAAGCCUCAUCAAUGGCUGGGAUUGGGUUUCCGAACAUAAUCUCUCAAUGGGAUGCAUUGUGGAUGACUGGCUGUGGAUUUGGGAUAAAUUUGAGUCCGCUGGAUUUGGCUGCGUUUUAUUUGUCCUGUCAUUCAGCAGGCUUGUUUUAGCUGCGGUACACAGUACGGAGAAACAAGUACGGAGAAACAAAACAUCAAAGCCAAGGCUUCAAUGUUACCAGGAAUUUAUAGAGAGUAUGACGCCUUAACUUCAGACAGAGGCUAAUCAGUUUUGUUCCUGUAUCUUCUCUCUGGUUGUGAUGGACUCCCAUCAUGAUUAAAUACUGAAACUUCAAUAUCAUCAACAACAAACAACAACAAAAGAGAGUGAAAUUAUCAUUGUCAUUGACACUAACAGGCAGCUGUGUGACAGCUGUGACAUUAAUAACAUCAUCUUCAAUUUUUCAAUGGCUGACAAGCAGAUCAGUCUGUCGGCCAAACUCAUCAACGGAGGUAUAGCCGGAUUGAUCGGCGUUACUUGCGUGUUUCCUAUUGACCUGGCAAAAACACGCCUCCAAAACCAGCGAAACGGAUCUCGCAUCUACACUAGCAUGUCUGACUGCCUCUUAAAAACCAUCCGAUCAGAAGGGUUAUUUGGAAUCUAUAGAGGCGCUGCGGUUAAUCUGACGCUGGUAACCCCAGAAAAGGCCAUCAAGCUUGCCGCCAAUGACUUUUUUAGACAUCAGCUCUCCAAAGAUGGGCAGACGUUGACUCUGGUUAGAGAAAUGUUAGCUGGAGGCGGGGCGGGUACCUGCCAGGUGAUCGUAACGACUCCUAUGGAGAUGCUAAAGAUCCAGAUGCAAGAUGCCGGCAGAAUAGAGGCCCAGAGGAAGCUGAUUGGCCAGCGGUGCGGAGGAGGCGGGGUCAAAGUCAGCCUCGUUCAGGUGAAAUCUCUCACCGCCCUCCAGCUCUCUAGAGAUCUGCUGAAGGACAAAGGCAUCGCUGGUCUAUAUAAGGGACUGGGGGCCACUCUGUUAAGGGAUGUGCCCUUUUCCAUCAUUUACUUCCCACUGUUUGCUAACCUGAACAGCCUGGGCAGCAGGAACGCUGAUGGUUCGGCUCCGUUCUACAUCUCAUUCCUGUCCGGCUGUCUCGCAGGCUGCACUGCCGCUGUUGCUGUCAACCCUGUGGACGUGAUAAAGACCAGGCUUCAGUCUAUGACCCGUGGAUCUCAAGAAGACAUGUACAGUGGAGUAAAAGACUGUAUCAGUAAGAUUCUUCGUAGCGAGGGUCCCGCUGCGUUCCUGAAGGGGGCGUACUGUCGCGCACUGGUCAUCGCUCCACUUUUCGGCAUCGCUCAGGUGGUUUACUUCCUCGGAGCUGGUGAAUUUGUUCUCAGCCUUCUGCCGGUACAGAAACACUGAAUCCCUACUGUGUUUGUAAGUGCUGAUCUCUGAUCAGCUAUCUGCAUUCAAACAAACAUCUUAGAUGUUAAGUCAUCCGAUUUUACUGUACGUAUAUCAGCAUUUUCAUCAGAAAGGUACAAACAAUACUGGAAUCCAUAACGUUUGCCUCUCUACCGCCAUCUCUGUUUGAAAGAUAAAAUUGCAGGAUACUUUACAUGUUUAUCUUUACGUGACGUCAAACUGACAUUUGCUGUGAAUUCAUACUCGACAGCUCAAAUGAUAAAUCAUUAUUGUGCGCUGAUCAUUGCGAAUCAGGGUAAGGUUAGGAGACCGUUUUGAUCACAGAUUGUUUAGUUGCUCAGUAACUGAUUUUUGUUCAUUCUUAACCAAACAUAGGUACAGAUCUUUAGGUUGAAAGUUUAGGCAGUGUGUCAAAAUCUAAAUCAAACAUAAAAAAUGAGCUAAAUACAUGGAGUAAAAGCUCAUUUACACUUGUGUAUGUGGAUUUUCUUUUAAUUGAAUUUCAUCCCUCAAUUUUUUCGAAGUAACCUGUUUAAUCAGUUUUCUCAGUGAUUAGGUAACGUCUUAAAUCUUGUUUGAUAUGUAAUGAUCGAAUAUGCACUUUAAUCGUCUGAAUGGAGCCUUAUUUCAAAGUACAAAUGCACUCUUUAAAAGUGCUUCAUUGUACCUUUUUUGGCUGAACCUUUAACAUCUGAAGAACAUUUCUGUUUCACUAAAGGUUGUGGUUAAAAAACCUCUUUAGGUUUUAAAAAGUAAAAAGAAAUGGUUUACUGAGACAUGGUUCCGUGGGGUAAUCAAUAAUGGUGCUUCUAUGAAGAACCUUUUGUCGCUCCUUUUUUGUACUGUUGACUGUACAUGACAUAAAAAUGCAUGAGCAAAGUACAAUUUCUCAUAAUCCUUGUGUUUUAUUACUAUAUUUAAGUAAGUCCACCGUUUGUAUCAGUAGAGCUGGACUGUUUUAAUACUCUAGAUUCAUGUCUGUGUUCAUGAAAAAAAGGAAGUGCUGCAAACCAUAAAGACAAUCGUGCAUGAAGAACUGUUGUUCCAGGUGUGGCUUCAUGUUGUAAUGUUUUUUCAUUGUUGUUAUCCUCCUAGUCCUGUGACUAUGUGGGUCCCAUAACUCAUGCACAUUUAUCAACAAAUAUUCAGACUCGUAUACACUAUGUUUCAAGAGAAAUAAUCAAAUAUAUGUUGUCCAUCAUGUCAUAUCCUAUCAUGAAACACAUUUGUUUGAUCUAUUUAUGAAUCUUUGUAUUAUAACUGUUUUCACAACAUUUAUAUCAUUAAUUGUUCAUUAUAUAAUGGGAAAAGGAGAUUUUCUUUUUGAAAUAUCUUUCGUCUCUUUCGUCACGCUGAAACAUAAAGUCUCCAAAAUUCAUGUCUGGGACUGUAUGUUAUUAGUAUUUGGGAACAGAUCGCAUUGAGCCGUGGUUUUGAGAAUGUCAAUUCAAGUGGAUGUGGCACGUGUGUCUGUCACUUGAUGUGGAUUCAUCUCCAGUGUACUGUCCAAAAAGCAGCGAUGCCACUCGCUAGGUUUUAGCAGAAAAAAAGAGAAAAAAAACUCGCUGGGUUUUAUUUUUGAGAUCUGUGGCCCAGCACACAUGCUGCUAAGCACUCAAGCAGACGGAGAGAAGCAGUAGAAAAGCAUUGAUUGCGGGGCAGGUGAUUGUAUCUGCGGGGGCUUUUGAUCAUGUUUAGUAUUCUGACCACAGAGCCACCUUUCAUAGCAGACUUUAAUAGCCUUCCCAUCGUACUGUCCAAAGAGACAUCUUUGGUCACUAUUUUCAUCCUCUCUCUCUCGUGUCAUAUCUCGGCUGUAAUCAAACUCUCAUCUCUGAGAAAUGUUUGUUUCCCACCGUCAUUGAUUCCUGCGUGUUUUGCUGUGCCGAGACUAUCACUGCAUUAGACGGAAUUGUUGGUGUCGCAAACGUAUUCUAAAAGAUCCGUUUCAUCUCGAUAUCAUAGCUCCAAGAUGGCCGUGCUCGUCGGGGCUCUGAUUGCAAACUCGCAGAAAUAACACAGAGCCGGCGGACAAGACACGAGGAGCACGCCGGCUCUAAUAACUCUGCCAGUGUUUUUGGUGCCUCCGGGAAUAUGUGUCCACCAUCUAGAUUCUCUUCAGAUUUGACUAUUCUGCGUUGUGCUCAUAAUGAAGGGAGGCUGAGCUUUUUAUGUGCGGCCAGAGAAGCUGCUUUCUAACCCAGAUCCAAAAUUGAUGUGUGGAGCUGUGGGGUUUACAUUGACAUGAGGGCUGCGUAUGUGCGGCUUUGUUGUGAAAGACACGUACCAUGGUUACGAUUGUGUGUGCCAUCGUAUGGAUACACGAAUGUGCUUUUGGGAAGGAAUUUUAAAAAGUAUUCAACUUCGCUAUGUACUGCAACUCAGAUCAGAUGAACGAGCUGUCUCAUAAGCUUCAGAGCUCUCCAGGGGCGGACUGGCCAUCUGGCGUACCGGGCGUUUUCCCGGUGGGCCGCUAACGUAUGGGGCCGGAACGGACGCAUUUGCUGCUAAUGUAUGAGGCCGUAACGGAGGCGGUGGCCGCUAACGUAUGGGGCCGGAACGGAGGCGGUGGCCGCUAACGUAUGGGGCCGUAACGGAGACGGUGGCCGCUAACGUAUGGGGCCGUAACGGAGGCGUUGGCCGCUUAGACGGACGUAUUAUAAAUGCGAAUGCAUGCAACGCGAAUGCAAAAGACACGUAUGCAUGCACCCCCCCGCCCGUCGACAGAUUCGGUGGAGGGCCGAUGCGGGCCUAAAAAUGCCAGGGCUGAUUUUUCUUCCCAGGCCAGCCCUGGAGCUCUCCCAUCUUAUGUUAAAUGAACUUGUGUAACUCAGGGGUUCCCAAACUUUUCAGCCCGCGACCCCCAAAAUAACAGUGCCAGUGACUCGAGACCCCCACUAUCCUCGGAGGUGGUUUAAGUUAGUUAUACAAACAUUGAGCGCAAAUGAGCACACGCACCUAUUCUACCCAAACGCGCAUAAUGACAACACAAAAGAGCACAGUCUAACAUAAUAUUAUUUUAUAGUUAAUUACUCAUUACGUUACUUGUUGUUAUACAUAAACUAUGAACUAUUACUACAGAUGGACGAAUUUGUGGAUGUGCCUCUUUUCGUAAAUGAGGACGAUGGCCCCUCUGACUGCGGCGCUUCUACGCCCUCCUCCGCUGGCCUCCCUGCGUUAUCUUUGGUCGAUAUUUAUCAACAUUUCAUUUUGACAAAUAACAAUAUUCUAAACUUAAAGCCUGAAAAAUAAUCUGUGUGCACAUGGAACUGUUUAACGUGGCGCUGUAAAUUGACUUGCUGCACCUAAUGCGGUUGCUAAUGUCGUUAAUGUGACGUAAUUACAUCAGGGGUCACGAUCGAGGGGGAGGAAAUUCCUAAGGCUGAUGGCUUUUCAUUUGCCUGGUUUUAUUUUUAACUCAACUAAUAUUUUUAUAUUUUGUUACACUUAUUGAUUACAUACGCUAUUUUCUAAUAAAAAAAAAAGAUUUCUGGAAAUCAUCUUGCGACCCCCUCUUUGGGAACCCCUGGUUUAACUAUGUGAUGUGCAGCGUGAGGAAGGUGAAGCGGGAGAUCAAGGCUGAAAAAUUACCCAGACCCUCAUGCUUGAUUACCCAUGAAAACAGUGCCAGAUGAAAGGCACGCUUGUUGACUUGAGUUCAGAAGAGACCAGCGAGGCAGCUUAAUGAAAAUUUACCUCAAAGAGAGAGACGAGGAUUCAAAAUAUAGCAAGCUAUGUUGUCUACAUAGGCAGCAGCCUUCUAAGACAACAUCCUAGAGACACGAUUCAGAAUUGAUUUCAGUUUCACACAGUUGAAGUUUUGCUUGACAUCUUGGAAAUCCCAUAUCCCAUAUAUGAAAUCUCAUAUUCCCUGAUAUCGUCACUGUCCUUUCAAAAUCUGGGCUGUCCAAAUUCGCUGUUUUUAAGGAAAUGGUAGAAACACUGUACUUUUUAAAGAAUAAUUGGGUCAUUCUCGCCACUGAAACAAAAUGGCAGUAAAGAUUUGAAUUAGAAACCAUAUAAUUUGGUAACAUAAAAAUGAUUAUAAUAAACAUAAUUGUGUUCUCUACUUUGCACAAGGCAUAAUUUUAACAUGGGAAUGAAUUAUUGAUGUAUUUUAUUGCUUUUUCUGCUAAAAUUCCCAUUACCGUAAUGCGUCUGAUUUGUCUGAGUGCAUUAUAUUGUUUUAAUUGUAACAGAGUAAAAUUGUAAUAUUGUGAAAAACAAUUGGAUGUUCUACUAGAUGUUCUCAAAUUACAAAAUAAGUGUCCAUGACUGAUAUUCUCAUCCUCCGUAACAUUUUUAAAGGACUGUUUACACACACACACAUUCACAAGAUAUUUACAUUAAAGGAGUAGUUCACUUUAAAAUAAGCCCCCAUUGACUUUCCAUAGUAGGAAUAAAAAUGACUAUGGAAAGUCAAUGGGGGCUUAUUUUGAAGUGACUACUCCUUUAAGUUUGAUUUUAUGUGAAGAAACACAUCUACCAGAACCUUUCAAAUGGCUACCAGAUUAACAGAUUACUUUAUAUUUCUCUAGUUAAAAAAGUAAUAUUCUCUUGUUUUGCUGUGUGUGUACACAGCUUUUUUCAUUCUCAUUACCG